CCUUAAUUUUAAGUCAAUAUCACAAACUGCUACGAAUACACGUUAAUUUUUCGUUAGAUAAAUAUUUGUAGUUAAAUGUGUUUCGGUUGUGAUGUAUAGUCAAUUGUUUGUUUUUGCAUAAAUUUCGGAAACAAAAGCGGAAAGGUCUCCGAAGUAAUUCAAAUCAAGGACUUAAUUUUGCUCCAAGCCAAUUGUAUGUGAUGUCAUAAUGACAUCAUCGCGAAUGUUUCGUCUCGCACAAGUCAAGAAGACAAAAUGUUUUCAAUUGGAACUUGAAGGCGGGAACUGUGAGUUGUAUUGGUAAAAGUGAAAUUAUCUCGUGUACAUUAACUGUUGCUAAAUUAACGCCAUUGCUGUUGACUGUUGCUGGUCUCUAGAAUCAAUAGCAGCUGACGUCAGAGUUUGUUCCAUCGCGAUAUCAGUUAAUGCGGUAGGGGGGUAGUGCACUUGUAACUUGGCUAGUAGUGUCAUGUAUCCGCGCAAGUGGUUUCAUGAACGUUGUUAUGUUUUGUGACUAAAUUUUGUUGUGUGGCGCUGUUUUUUGGCGCUAGGGGACCUAAUAUAAUGAAUUUGUUUCAUACUGCACCUCAGAUCUGUUCGGUGACAGCAAAUAGAGGAGCAAUAGAGAAAAAAUAGUGACUACGUGAAGACGUAAAAAGCAAAGUCGCCCGUCAUUGGAUAAGCAGCACACGUCAUCGAGGUUGCUCAGCCAAUGAAUGUACGCGCUCUGGUGGCGGGCAACGCAGAUUGUGGCAACUCGGCCCGACCUGAUGAGAGUUGGAGACUAUGUAGCGUGGUGCACGUCUCUAUCCUCAGUUGGAUAUUCAGCCGUGUGCUCUCUGAAAUUACAGCAGUUUUCAGUCAUCUUUCAGGCGAAAGCCGGUGUAUCGGUUCGUCGUCGCUCGUCCGGCGACGUUUCAGUGCCAGUGUUUUCCUUUUUUUUAUUCGUUCAUGCGUGUAAUGCGAUUUAAGAAAAAAAUUGUCAGAGAUUAGGUAGAAGAGCUGCAAAGUGAACUUACAACGUUUGGAAGCUCGGACUGAGCUGCUCGGUACUACUUCUAUUCGCAACGGGUUUAUUCUUUAACUUCUUCAAAAUUGCUGCCAUGGGUCGCAAAAAAAUUCAAAUAUCUAGAAUUACCGAUGAGCGAAACAGACAGGUGACUUUCAAUAAACGGAAAUUCGGCGUGAUGAAGAAAGCGUAUGAACUGUCCGUAUUGUGCGAUUGCGAAAUAGCGCUCAUAAUAUUCAGCAGCAGUAACAAAUUGUACCAAUACGCCAGUACGGAUAUGGAUAAGGUGCUUCUUAAAUAUACGGAAUAUAACGAACCCCACGAAUCACUGACCAACAAAAAUAUUAUCGAGGCACUUAAUAAGAAGGAGCAUAAAAACGGAGUGAUGAGCCCGGAAAGUCCGGAACCGGAAACGGAAUACCAGCUCACACCGCGCACAGAGGCGAAGUACAGUAAAAUCGACGAAGAUUUCCAAAUGAUGCUCCAAAGGAACCAAUCCUCCAUCAACGGACAGCGGGUCAGCAUGAGUUCGUCGAAUUACGCCCAGCCGGUAUCGGUGCCAGUAAACAUCAGUUACAGCGAUUCCGGUUUGCUUCAAUCUAGUCCCCAGAUGGCUCAUACCAGCAUCAGCCCGAGGCCAUCAUCGUCAGAAACCGAUUCGGUAUAUCCUAGCGGUGGUAUGCUCGAAAUGAGCAACGGUUAUCCAAAUUCAGCAUCGCCCAUUGGCGGAUCACCAUCGCCCGGUCCUAGUCCUGGACCUGGGAUGAGCUCUUCCAAACAUCAGAAGCAGCACUCACCCGGACCCAGAUCCAACCUGAGGGUGGUAAUACCCACACCAUUGGGGUCUAGUAUUACCACCGAUGAGGUUUCUUAUGCGGAAUUUUUAUUGCAGCAUAAUCGGACCCAGUCGUCUCUAAAUACACCUGUUGUGGCUUUACAGACGCCAGGUUUGUCCAAUUAUCCAGGGACCCUAACGUCGUUCGGGCCGCAAGACUUUAGUAUCGGCUCGGACAUGAGCCUCACAUCAAUGUCCUGGAGUGGACACCACAUACCGACAUCACUAACGCACGGAGGAGGCAGUGCGGGACUACCACACUUGGCGGUAUCGAGUAGUACACCUCCUCCGACAUCCUCUUCACCGUUACCGGUGAAGAUCAAAAGCGAGCCGAUAUCUCCACCGCGAGAACAUCACCCACAUUUAAGUUCAGCCGUCCAUCACACUCAGCAGCACGUUCAAAGCCUCAACCUUACGCACAAUCAUCACCCACGGCCAAGUUCUGCCGGUCAUAUCACACCCACACCAGGAAGCGUUACACCAACUAACCUCCCGUCGCCUUCACCAGGUCCAGGGACGACAGUGUCCAGCGGAGGCUCCACGUCCUCCGAAUACGACACGGUUCAAAUGCACAAAAGGGCGAGACUGUCCGAUUGGACGUCUUAGGCAAUAUUAUGUAAAAGACGUCGGUUCGACGUCUAUAAAUGAAACUAGGUGAAUAGGUGUCCACCUAUAUCUGCACCGAACACUAAGUGCCAUAGUGAUAACAUGUGGACGUGAAUACAAUAAACAUGUUUCAGUUUUAUUGCCAAUUGUCAUCUAUGUGAUAAACUACAAAUCUAGUAAGACAUUUUGAUAAACACUAGUUAACAAAAAAUAUAGUCAUGAAGUAAGAAGUGAGUUGAGGGACGCUGCGAAUUUUUUUUGUAUAUGGCGAGAAAGAGAGAGCAUAAGAUUUUUUUUAUUCGACGGGAUACGUUGGUGCGCGCGUACGCUAUAUGCUUACGGCCAUUUUAAAGUUAGCAUACAGAAAGGCAUAUCUUUAUACAAUCUAUUUGUAUAAUACACACACUUUAUUUAUAUAGUUUAAAAGAUUGUUGGCAAUUUGCUGGCACCUUUGACGGUUUUCCUUUUUUUGCGUAUAAAUAUAACCGCCGUCUUCCGGUUUCAUGUUACAUUAAAAACAAAAAUCGGUUUUCCUGCUACCUAUGAUAAGUAUUUAAAUGCUUUUAAAAUAAAACUUAGAUACGAGGUGAGUAUAAAUGUGAUUUUUAAAAACCUUGAGGCCGAUUUCAAGAGAGAGUUCCUUGUAAUAGAAAAAUCGAUUUGGGCUUAGCAAUGAAUUGUUUAAAAUGUGCAAUAUAUUAGUGAUGUUGAACCUGCAGUCGAUCUCACCAAGUGUUAAAUAAUUGCCAAUUUUGUUCCUUAAUUUCGUACUAUUCUGCUUGCUUUAUUGAUAAUCUCUAGUUCGCUGUUAAUCGAGAGUUCGCUAUAAUGUUGGUAGCGGUUAGUGCAAUGUCGUGAAUUUUAGCAAAUACCCAGAGAAGACACGAGCGUUAUGUUUAUAUACAAAAGAAAAAUCGACACAAGCAAAGCGAGUGUGCCAUUAAUUUCAUGUAAUUAUUAGUGUAUUUUUUAUAAAUGUUUUAGGGAAUAGUGUAUCGUUUAAAAUGUACACUUGUUAUUUUAGCGAGUAUGCAACACUAACAUGCUGAGACUGCAGGAGCAGGACACUUGUCCUUAUAUCUGUUCUGUAUCAUUAUCAUAUUUGUAAUGUAUCAUAUUGGUGCUUUCCCCGACCUGACGAAUGUACUCUGCCCACUGGCUGUUAUAGUUAUGGGACCACAAGGUUGGUUAGAGGUGAACCUCCUGUCCCAUCGAUGUUCUGUAAAGUACUGCUUCCUAAGGAACCUAGGGUGUUCAUUGUUGUAGCCUUUUCAAUUUGUUUGUGAUUUCAGAGUACGAUUAUAUCUAUUCUGUAUAUGACCUACACAGAGUAAAUUAUAUAAAAUUAGAAAUUGUAUAAUAUACAUAAUAUAUUUUAUCUACUGUUGUGUGCACAACACUUGCACAUAGUUCAAAGUUUAUAUGAGAAAAAUUAAUGCCUGGGGGAUUCAGUCUCCUUGUACCUGGUGUACCUGCCCGCCUCUGUUUGCGGAAGACCCUAUCUCCACUGAUUACUGUAGGAUUGCCUUACUCACAGUGCCUCGACAGUAUGUACGUAUCUGUAUGUGUAACACACCAUCGAUGUCUUUAUUUCAACUAUUUUAAAGAAGCCACUGCGGUACAUUCAUUUUUAUCGUCAUCGUCACACUCACACAGGGUAUAUUUCCGUGUUUUACCAGCAUUCUCCGCUGCAGUCGACACUCUACUGCUUGUGCCUUCCCAUUUUAUUUCGAGUCGUGUAAAAUAAUCGCGGAAACAUUUUUACGCGGUAUAACUAGUCUUGUAACAACAACGUUCGGAUCUUAAUAAAAUAAAAUGUUUUCCGGCUUUUAUUUGGCACCAUUCAUAUUUUACAAACGGCCGAUCGCACAGACUUUGUCACGUUUGUUCCCUGUUUCCAGUGAUCCAUCGGCUUUCGCUGCUUUUAGUAAGCCCUCGAGUCAUUAUUUGAAUAAUUUGUUAAUUUCUUUUGAAUUGAAUUAUAUCACUGUUUUUAUUGCGAAACAUUUGCCGGUGAUAACAUUGCGACACACGUAUCGAGUAAUUUUUUAUUAAGUUUUGGUUACUUUACGCAAAUUAUGUACGUCUUAAAUAGACGAAAUACACCUAGCUGUACAUGUACAUACUAUACUCACAAUUGUUGUACAAUGCCGUUCUUAUUGUUAGCUGUAUUGUAUAUUUUUGUUCUAACAGAUGAGAAAAAAAAAGCUGUUUUCCUAAAUUUUAUGUUAAAUCCAUUCGACGUAAGGUAUUUUCAGUCAUGUGCAAUAUUAAUCUGACAUUUAUUUAUCUACAUUGUAUUGACUUUAAACCAAAUAAAACUGUUUGUUACAUGCACUUUUUUAUUGUUCGUUGUUGCUCUUGUCCUUUAAAUUAAUUCAUCCUCCUUUGGCCUGUUAUAAUUGUUUGCUUUUGCUUAAAAUAUCUCAAUUUAAAUCGUACUCUUGUUUCUUUUUGUUGUACGUAAUUCUUUAUUUAUUGUGUCUUCAUUUUCCAAUUUGAAUUUUAAAAUGUUUAAUUUCAGGAUUGAUUGUUUCGGAGUUUUUUAAAAUUAUUUGUUUCAGUAUUUGACUUUCUACAAUUUAUUUAUCAUAUUUUUUCUCUUGUCUGGUGAUGGAGGGUCGCUCAGAACAUUCAGAAAAUCGUCUAAACGCUCACCGACCUAGAAAUGAAACGUUUCCAUAGUUGAAGAAAUCGUAUUUUGAAUUUGUAUUAUUUUUUAGUAAUUUAAUUUUUUGCGCUGUCCAGGUACAGUGUUUUAAUUGUUUUUGUUUGUUUCAGGAUUAAUCUAAAUGGUUUUCAUCUUAAAUAUGAUAAAACUAUUUAUUAACUGAAUGUUCUUUCUCUUUUAUUGUAUUUAUUCUUAACCGUUGUGUCUCUCUUAUAACUUUUUGUGGGUUUUUGGUCUUUUGCUUUAAAUUAAACCUAUUUCUGUGUUGUUAUUAUUGUUUGAUUUGGCUUGGAAUAUCCCAUUCUUCUUACUCUUCGAAUUUUAAAGUAUUUUCUUUCAGGAUUGAUUAGUUUAUUUAUAUUUUGUGGAGGUUUUUUAAAUUAUCAUUUGUUUCAGUUUUUCUUAUUAGACUUUCUACCAUUUUGAAGUUUUUUAUUUUAUUUAACAUAUUUUUUCUUUUGAGGGGCGCUUACAACCUUUUAAAAGCUCACAGACGUAGAAAUUAAACAUUUCCAAAGCCCGAGAAAUUUAAUUUUUUGCGCUGUCUGAGCAAGUGUUUUAAUUUUUGUUUGUUUGUUUCAGAUCUAAUCUAAAUAUUUUUCAUUAUAAGGAUCAUAAAACUAUUUAUAAAUUGAAUGUUUUUCUCUUUUCUUGUUAAUACUCUUAAGCAUUGUGUUUCUCUUACAACUUUUCGUGUUUUUGCUCUUUUCCUUUAAAUAAAUUAAACCUUCUUCUGCACUGUUAUUGUUUACUUUUACUUGAAAUAUCUGUUUUUAAUCGUAAUGUUAUUUUCUUUUUUCUUACUUUAUUUUCGUUUUAUUAUAUAUUAAUUUGCCAUCUAAGAUAAGAGCUCCUGGAAAUUUAAAACGUUUCAUUUCAGGAUUGUUUUGUUAUUUAUAUUUUUAUCGGCAUUUCUACGUUUUUGAAGGUUCUUAAUGUAUUUAUAAUGUUUUUUUCUCUUCUCUUCCCUUUUUUCUUCAGAGCUCAGUGACAUAUGAUUGAAACGUUUGCGUACCAAGGAUUGAAGCCCAAGAAAUCGUAUUAUUAAUUUGUAUUGCUUUUAAGUUAGGAAUUUCCAGGUACAAUGUUUUAAUUUCUUUUGUUUGUUUCAGGACUAUUCGAACUGGUUGUCAUUAUAAGGAUCAUAAAACUAUUUAUUAACUGAAUGUUUUUCCCUUUUAUUGUAUUUACUCAUAACCAUGGUGUUUUGCUCUUAUCCUUUAAAUUAAUUCAUCCUUUUUUGCCCUGUUAUUUUUUUACUUUAGUUUCGUUUUAUUUGUUCUUAAUUGCCAUCUAGCUCUUGGAAUUUUAAAUUGUUUUAUUUCAGGUUUGAUUUGUUUAUUUAUAUUUUGUAGAGGUUUUCUUUUGGGCUUUUACAUGUUUGAAACUUCUUAUUGUAUUUAUAAUGUUUUUCUUUUCUCUUCCCUUUUUUCUCCCAAAGUUUAGUAACAUAUGAAUGAAAGAUUUCCAUAGCAGACAUUGAAGCCGAAGAAAUCGUUUUAUGAAUUUGUAUUUUUUUUUUGGUAAUUUAAUUCCUGGGGUAUCCAGGUAACUUGUUUUUUUUUGUUUUAAUGUUUUUUUUGUUCAGUCAGUUGAGGUUAUAACUAUUAUACUAUUUAUUAACUCAAUGUUAUUUCUUUUUUGUAUUAUGUUUUCGUUGUCUUAUAUAUUACUUUGCCAUCUAACACCACUUGGAAUUUUAAGUUUUUUGUUUCGGAAUUGAUUUAUUAUGUCUUCCGAUUUUGCUAGGAAUUUUUGACGUUUUUGACUCUUUUUAUUGUAUUUUUAUGUUUUUUCUCUUCUCUUCGAUAUUUUCUCCCAAAGCUACAGUGCUUUUGUUUUUAUUAUUUGGUUCAGCACUAUUCCAAAUAGUUUUCGUUAUAAGUAAUAUGAACUACAGAAUAUUUGAAUACUAGAAUAGUGAAUGAGGAGAACUAUUUAUUGCUUGCUGAAUGUUCUUUCUCUUUUCUUGUAUCUAUUCUUACCAUUGAUGUUUAUCUUAAAACUUUUAGUGAGUUUUUGCUCCAAACCUUAAAAUUAUUCUUUUUUCCCCUGUUCUUAUUGUUUGCUUUGCUUGAAAUAUCCCGGUUUUAAUCGUAUGUUAUUUCUUUUGUUUUUGUACGUCAUGUUUGAUUUAUUAUAUUUUAAUGUGCCACUAAUAGUUAAUAAAAUGUUUUAUUACAGGAUUGAUUUGUUGUAUCUUCAUAUUUUGCAAAGAUUUUUAGAAUUAUUACUUUUUCUUAUUGGACUUUCUAUGAUUUUGAAGCUGACGUAUAAAAGAAACGUUUCCGUGGCAAACAUUGAAGCUGAAGAAAUGAUACAAUGAAUUUGUAUUGUUUUUUUUUUAUAAGUUUCACUUUUCUGUUGUUUGUUUCAGCACUUAUCUAAAUGGUGUUCGUUAGAAGGAACAUAAUUUUGGAUUACAGCAGAUUUGAAUGCUUCAAUCUUUUGAUGUAUCAAUUGCACACUGAAUAAAGCUAUUUAUUAACCGAAUAUUCUUUCUUAUUCCUUUGUCUUUCUCUCAUAACUUUUGGUGAAUCCUUUAAUGAGCGUUUUAUUUAUUAUUAUUAAUUUUGUUAAGCGCCAUGUUGUUUUAAAGUGUAAAUAUUUAAAAGCAUGUCAUAUAUUAUCCGCGGUCUAUUUGAAACCAAUAGCAGUUUCUAAUGGAA